UCAGCCGACCGGCCAACCCCCCUCACGCUCCCCGCGCGCGCGGAGCCGCUCGCGCCGCUGCCGCCGCCGCUGAUUGGCCCCGCGGGCUGAGGUACGGAGCGCUCUGAUUGGUCCCGCGGGCUGAGGCACGGCGCGCUCUGAUUGGUCCCGCGCGCUGAGGCACGGCGCGCGCUGAUUGGUCCCGUGUUCUGAGGGGCGGGGCUUGCAGGCGAAAGGGGCGGGGCCAGCGCCAUGCCGAAGCGCGGGAAGAAGAAGGAGGAGAACGGGAGCGGGGAUGAGGCCGGCCCCGCCCCCGCCAAGGCCCCGAAGGCGUCGCCGGCCCCGCCCUACGAGGACCCGCCCACCCGCGAGACCACGCCCGACGGGCGGCGCUGGACGCUCAAGGUGACGUCAUGGAACGUGGACGGGCUGAGGGCGUGGCUGCGCAAGGGCGGGGCCAAGUGGGUGGAGGAGGAGGCCCCGGACGUGCUGUGCCUGCAGGAGACCAAGUGCGCGGCGUCGGCCGUGCCGCCCGAGGUGCGGGCGCUGCCGGGGCUGCCGCACCAGUUCUGGUGCAGCGCCAAGGACCGGCCGGGCUACAGCGGCGUGGGGCUGCUGGCCAAGAGCGAGCCGCUGGACGUCACCUACGGCAUCGGCGACCCCGAGCACGACGCCGACGGCCGGGUGGUGACGGCCGAGUUCCCGCAGCUCUUCGUGGUGUCGGCCUACGUGCCGAACGCCGGGCGGGGCCUGGUGCGUCUGGAGCCGCGGCAGCGCUUCGACGCCGCCUUCCUGUCCUUCCUGCGGCGCCUGGACGCCCGCAAGCCGGUGCUGCUGGCCGGCGACCUCAACGUUGCGCACGCCGAGAUCGACCUGUGCCACCCGCGCGCCAACCGCGCCAGCCCGGGCUUCACGCCGCAGGAGCGCCAGGGCUUCACGCGGCUCCUGGAGGCCGGCUUCGUGGAUUCCUUCCGGCACCUGUACCCGGAGGCGCGCGGCGCCUUCACCUUCUGGACCUACCUGGGCGGCGCGCGGGCGCGCAACGUGGGCUGGCGGCUGGACUACGCCGUGCUGUCGCGGCGGCUGCUGGGCGCGCUCUGCGACUGCAAGAUCCGCAGCGCCGCGCCCGGCAGCGACCACUGCCCCGUCACGGCGCUGCUGGCCGUCUAGGCGGGGCGGAUCUGGG